UUCAACUUCUUGUUCAUAAGAUUUGUGCCUACCAUGCUUUAGAGCCAUAAGAUUUGCGAUCUCAUAUUAACUAAGGAGAAACAUAUUAAGCUGCCUCAUUAUCAUAAUGUUUCAAGUCUCCCUAAGUCCAUGAGCCUCUAACAUUUUCAUUCAAACACUUAUUUCUCAACAUCUUAUCUAUAUUCACAUUCCAGAUCAAGAUUCGGAUGAUCUUCAUGGACGAAUUUCUUUGAUAAAGUAGUUCCCUAUUGAUCAAGAUAUGGUAAGUUUAUAGUAAUUCUAAGUACUCAGCUACUCAAGCAAUGAUGGUUGAUAAACAACGGUACCCGACAAUAGAACAAAAGCUUGCUGGCCAGCUUCACUUGAGAUCCAACUCCAACCUUUCCCCACAUGUUGGAACUUGUUACGAACGUCUGAAAAGACCAGCUCUGUUUCAGCAACGAUUUUCACUAAAAAAUCAUUCAAAUGCAGGGUUGCUGUGCCCUCUCGUGCCUGCAUGGAAAGCCACUAGCCAUCUGCAUUCUGUAGGUUCAGCUGCUUCACCAGUGUUGGUCCCAUCCCCAUCAGAGAAAAACUUUGCAAGCUUUGCCACUGAUUUUCUCAUGGGUGGAGUUUCUGCUGCAGUGUCCAAGACUGCAGCUGCUCCUAUUGAACGCAUAAAGCUUCUGAUUCAAAAUCAAGAUGAGAUGAUCAAGGCCGGUCGGCUCUCCGAACCCUACAAGGGCAUUGGAGAUUGCUUUGGCAGAACAACGAAAGACGAGGGGUUUGUUUCAUUGUGGAGAGGGAACACUGCUAACGUUAUCCGUUACUUCCCAACACAGGCCCUGAACUUUGCAUUUAAAGACUACUUUAAGAAGCUAUUUAACUUCAAGAAAGACAGGGAUGGGUACUGGAAAUGGUUUGCAGGGAACAUGGCAUCUGGUGCAGCAGCAGGAGCUUUAUCAUCGGUGUUUGUUUAUUCUUUGGAUUACGCUCGAACCCGCCUUGCCAAUGAUGCUAAAGCUGGAAAGACGGGUGGAGAGAGACAAUUCAAUGGUUUGGUCGAUGUGUACAGGAAGACUCUUCGAUCGGACGGUGUUGCUGGCCUCUACCGUGGCUUCAACGUUUCUUGUGUUGGAAUCAUUGUCUACCGUGGUUUGUACUUUGGAAUGUAUGAUUCUCUGAAACCAGUACUCUUGGUAGGAACUUUGCAGGAUAGUUUCUUGGCUAGCUUUGCUCUGGGGUGGAUGGUUACUAUUGGUGCUAGCAUUGCCUCGUACCCCUUAGAUACGGUUCGCAGAAGAAUGAUGAUGACAUCUGGUGAAGCUGUCAAGUACAAGAGCUCUUUCGAUGCAUUCUCGCAAAUUGUGAAGAAUGAAGGUUCAAAAUCUUUGUUCAAGGGCGCGGGAGCAAACAUCCUUCGUGCAGUUGCUGGUGCUGGUGUGCUUUCUGGUUAUGACAAACUUCAGGUACUUGUCCUGGGAAAGAAGUAUGGUUCUGGUGGGGCUUAAUUACAAUAAGUGUUAAUGUGUUAUUUAUAGUACGAAUUUGUGUGAUGCAAAAACUGCUUUUACUAUUCAAAGCCAACUGUGUUUGAUUUCUGUAACAGUUCUUGUUUCUUUUUUAUUUUUCAAUUCAAUAUUUGUACAAUAAUGUGUAAUUACGUGAACUCGUAAUGCAUUUGUAGAAAACAAUUCAAUAUUUGUCCCUUGAGUAGCAUGAAUCUUUGUGAUACAAA